AUGAUUUGGGGGGCAUUUUCCGCAAAUGAAAAGUUUGAUCUGGCAUUCGUCAAUACGAAUAUGAACAGCACAGAUUACCAGGAAGUACUUGAGAACCGAUUGCUGCAAUUCUUCCGCGACCAUAGAAGAGAGCAGUACGUCUUGCAGCAGGACAAUGCUCGCGUACACGUCGGUCAUAGACGCUUCGAGCAGUAUUAA